CGAUUCCCCAAAAGCCUAGCUAACGCUGUUUAGCCUCUUGAAAGCCAAUGUUCACAAGCUAUGCUUGGCGACGUGGCUGACACGGCUGACAACUGACAGGUCGGCCAUUGGUUGUCCCGAGCUGCACCAUACGGCCGAGCUUCGUAUAGGAGGAUUGGCUCGAACUUUAAACCGUGCAUGGAUCAUUAUCUCAUUAUUAUUUCCUGGGUCAACUCAGAGUAUAAAAGACUGCCAGGCAGGUCGCACAUUAUCACCUUCAUCAAAUCUCGCCAACAUCAAUCCUGCUACAGUUGAAAACCAGACAAGACCGUUACAAUUUAUUAAUUAAUCAGUUAUCAAUUAUCAACUAUUGUUAUUCUAAAACUACACCAAUCACGCUCCUCCCAUACAUAUUGAUACAAAAUGGAAGCCCUCCAAAGCCCAAUUACCCUACAGGCUGCAAAACUAGCCUCCAUCUCCGCCUCUCUCUUGGCCUCAGGCAUCUUCUUCAGCAGCUCCAACCUCGUUAUCCCACUUCUGAGCAAGCUAGACCAUCAGCGCGUAACCCCCGGCGCAUUCGCAGACUUUUACCACGCGGGUCUUCGAGUUGUCGUGCCCCUCACGAUCGUCGGCUCUGCGUCUUCUGCGGUCGUCGCUUUUCUAUCAAAAGACAAAACUGAGCGCCUGGUCUGGAGCACCGCGGCGGUCGCGACAUUUGCCGUUCUACCCUGGACCAGGCUCGGUAUGUGGCAAACGAUCAACACCUUGUUGAAGAUUGCGGAUGAGACGGGUAGUGGUGCGGGAGUUGUGAGUGAGAAGGAGAAGAAGGUGGUUGUGCAGGGAUUGUUGACGCGAUGGAAGACGAUGAAUUAUGCUCGGAGCGCAUUCACUUUGGUUGGUGGGCUCAUUGCAGGGUGGAAAGUUGUUUCUGGUAUCUGAGUUUUGUAUCAAUUCUAGUUACGAAGGUUAUGAAGGUAUUGGAGAUGGUAUGAUUGAUGAUUAUAACAGCUUUAAUUUUAUUAGAAUCUUAU